AUCUAGAAGUGCAAAUGGCGAUGUAUGUGGCUUCUGCUCUGUGUCUCCUUGUCGGACUUGUAUGUUUCACAGCUACAGAAUGUUGGCAAGCACCCUGGUUUUGCCAUCAAAAGGACUGCCCUGUGUACACUGUGGUAAACCAAUAUGGGGAAAUAGAAGAACGCAACUAUGAAAUGAGCAACUGGAUUACCACCGAUAUUUUAAGCACAGGCAAGGAUGAUGUAUCAACUGGAUUUUGGAAACUAUACUAUUUUAUUCAAGGGCAAAACAAGGAGAAUAAGCAGAUUGCUAUGACCAGGCCUGUGGUGGUCUCAGUAAAGGAUGGUGCGGAGGGGCGACGCGUCUCCAUUUCUGUCUUUCAGCAAGACCCCAACAUCCCCGAUCCAGUUGACACGACUAUCAGAAAAACAGUUGUUCCGGCUGGUACUGUCUAUGUCAGGUCAUUUGGUGGGUGGCCAUCUGAUCAAGACGCCCAAGAUAAUGUGCAGAAGCUAAAGGAGGAGCUCAAGGCUGCCGGAAAGCAGUUUAUUGAAGACCAAUUUGAAGCAGCUGGGUACGACUCACCAUUGGAGUUGCUCAACAGGCACAAUGAAGUUUGGGUCCAUGCACCCUGAGGCUAAAUAAUUUUUCCUCAUUCCUACAGUAUAAGCUUAUGAAGAUUUCCCUGCAUAAGAACAUAAAAUGUUCAUGUAGUAUAACUAUAGUAUUAAUAUAAUCAUGUUUCAGUCGUAAUCCUUGAUUAAUGUUUCACUCUGUGCAAAUACAAGUGUUAAAGCACUCUGGGGUUGUUUGGCAGGAUUAUAAACUGGUUUUAGGAAUGUGAGGGCUAUCAUCUUAAAUAUGGUUCACAUAGUUUCACAUUGCAAGUUACUGAACUCUAACUCAAUACUAACACUAUCAGCUUUGAAGAUUAAACUUUUGCCAUCUUAAGAACAUUUUUAUUCUUUUUUUAUCAUGCAUCAUGCUUGACAUCACAUUUUUGUAAUCAGUAAUUUAAUUAGAUUUUUAAUUUACACCAUUUAUUUUAGAUUUAAUAUCAAAGUCAUUAUAUAAACUGGAUAAAAAAGUAGAUUGUAAACCUUAACCUAUAUUUAAACUUAACUUUAGGCCAUGUUUAGCCCAUGUCUAUAGUGAUUACAUAAAAACAAGGACGAUUGAUACACAAAAUACAUCAAGUUUCCAAAAUAGAUGAGAAACGGGUUCAGGAAUGACUAGAAUGAGGAUAAUGGGAUUCCAAUCGGUCUUUAAUCAUGUUUUAAGAAACUCCUCCGCCUAAACAAGUCUAACCAGCUAGUGAACUGGAACUUCGCUUAAGUAGUUAAUGAAUUUGAUUUUUUUUUAAAAUGAAGACAAACAAUGUGAUUAUUGUGAAAACCAUCACAAUUAAGUUAAAGUUUUAUUUUCAAAUGUUUCACAUUGAAUUAUCAUUGAUUAGAAUUAGAAUGAUUAUUAAUGUAUAACUUGUUUGCUAAUAAAACAUAUUUUUCAUGCACGAUC